AUGUUGACCCGAAAGAUAUUCAGCAAUUAUAAUAGCCGGUAUUUUUGCAAAAAAGUGCUAAACAUUGAGAAGAGGUACAUCACAAAUGAAAGCGUCACUAAGAAGAGGAAUGAACUGUUCGAACAGGAAAAGUCCAGACAGCUUAACCUCAUCAAAAGAGUGGAAAAAAUUGAGGUGCAUUACAAAGGAGCCCCAGAGGAUUGCACUUUAAUUAUGAAUAAAGACCUGUCCACACCAUUCAACUGUGCUAUGCAUAUGAAAGAAUUCCUAAUGAUAAGAUCAGUAGUGGCCUUAGUGAAUGGAAAACCUUGGGACAUGCACAGGCCAUUACUUGAAGAUUGCACACUGGAGUUAAAACACUUUAAAGAUGAUGAUCCAAACAUCUGUAAUGAGGCAUAUUGGAGGACUUGUUCAUUUGUUCUUGGUUAUAUCUUGGAAAGAGCCUUUAAAAGUGAUUACUACAUAGAAUUAUGCAGUUUCCCUAAACCUGAAUUUAACUCUGGCUCAUUUGUCUAUGACGUCCAGCUGAACCUUGAUCCAGAAAGUAUUAAAAGGUUGGAGUUGAGCUGCUUCAGUAGGAUCGGCGGUCGGCUGCAUUUUGAGGAUAACAAGUUUGAGAGGAUAGAAGUUACGUUAUACAGGAUGAAGGAUCACGUUGACAUGACUAAAGGACCACUCAUAACAAACUCAAAUCUCAUUGGUCGAUAUUCCGUUGUGGCUGUACACUGCAUUGAUAGUCCGGAUUAUGGAAAGCUCUCAAGGGUCCAGGGAGUUUCCAUACCCUGCCAUCUACCCGUUCACUUUUGGACGUAUGACAUUCUGUGCCAAAGAGCUGCCAAAAUUAAUACGUGUGCUCCAAUACCGACGUUAAAAGCAGUGAAAAAAAUACCCGACGGUGAAGCUGAUUAUGACACGCUCCUCUAUGAAUUUUUUUCAAACAGAUGGGUCUUGAGAUCCGCUCUGAACUUCGUAAGUGAUGGAGAAAUAGUCAGAGAAGUAGGUAGAGGGAUUCAGAGAAAAGGACCAGAAACCAGCCAGAAAGUUUCGCUGGCUUUGUUGACGCCAAUUCAGCUUGAGCAUUGCAACAACAAUAGCAACAACUCAUGA